AUGCAGUUCAAGCUUUCUCUCGUCGCCUUCAUGGCUGCCACCGCCGUGGCUGCCCGCACCAGGUGCGUUGCUCCUGAGCCGUCCGAGGAGCUUCUCGAGGUCUCCCGCGAGAUGGGCUUGAGGGAGGCUGCUGCGAGGGACUCUGGCAUUUCGGCUCGUCAGUCGAGCAGCAUCUCCGUCCCCGUUUGGUUCCACGUUGUUGCCGCCAGCGAGAGCGUUGACGACGGCUACAUCACGGAUGCCAUGAUUGCGGACCAGCUCGAGGUCCUCAACGGCCACUACGCCCCGCACAGCGUCUCCUUCACCCACGCCGGCACCACCCGCACCGUCAACCGCAGCUGGGCCGACGACGGCAACGAGCUGGCCAUGAAGCGCAGCCUGCGCCGCGGCGACUACAAGACGCUCAACAUCUACUUCCAGCGCACCCUCACCCAGGACGCCCUCGGCUACGCCUACUUCCCCACCACCGUCGCCGAGGGCUCGAGCGACUACUACCUCGACGGCGCCUCCCUCAUGGCCCAGUCCGUGCCCGGCGGCAGCGCCGCCCCCUACAACCUCGGCGGCACCGCCACCCACGAGGUCGGCCACUGGCUCGGCCUGUACCACACCUUCCAGGGCGGCUGCACCGGCACCGGCGACUCCAUCGCCGACACGCCCGCUCAGACCGGCUGGGAGGCCGGCUGCCCCACCACCAGGGACUCUUGCCCCAACAACGCCGGCCUGGACCCCGUCCACAACUACAUGGGCUACUCCGACGAUGCCUGCUACACCGAGUUCACUCCCAACCAGGAGACCCGCAUCUUCAGCAUGUGGGAGCAGUACCGUGCUUAG